AUGGCGGAACUUGAGGAAUUAAAGGUUAGAUCGAAAUGGUUGAACUGAUUGUAUUUUCAAUUUUAUUUGAAGUCGGAGGGAAAUGUUAAUCCUUUUAUAAUUUUUGUAAAGUACUUGACAGGUUUUGGCAACGAAUUUGCUUCUGAAGCUUUACCAGAUGCGCUGCCAGUUGGGCAGGUAAGUUUGCGGACAAAAAAUAUCAGCUUUUCAUAACUCAAUGAAGUGUUUAAGAUUACUUCAUAAGAUUGAGGCGAUACUGAUUGAUUUUGGGAUAUGAACUGAGAAAGUUUAAAAGCGUAAUGGAAAAAUUCGCCAAAUUAGGUAAACAAAUUGAAAGUUUUUGAGCUAGGAGUCUCGGCAUUUCUUCUGAUAAAUGGGUCAGCGAAGUAGACGCGCACGCGCCCCAGCUAAAUCGGCAACUUGAGGUGUAGAUAUUAUAGCUAAAACAUCAGCUGAAAUAAUAUAGGAUAAGAACGAAUAGGAGCAGGUUACAAAAUCAACCCGUCUAGCCAGCAGCGUUCGUGUAGAACUCUUGUGGCAGUGGAUGGAGGCUGCCUCAAACUAAUUCUUGCCAAUAAAGCUGGCCAGGGAAAACUGGGUUAGUAAUAGCUUAAUUGCUAUCAAUAAAAUAAAAUAAUUAUAUUUUAUCUUUUUAGAACAGUCCCCAGAAAUGUCCCUAUGGUUUGUAUGCUGAGCAGCUGUCAGGCAGUGCCUUUACAGCACCACCAGAAUGCAAUUAUAGAAGGUAACAAAAUCAUGUCAAAUCAUGAGGAAGAAAUAAAAGAAACAACCUGAGAAAACAGCAGACAUUUCGUGUUUCCACCACUCAUUUCUCCACAAAAUGAAUUCUGAGAAACAUGUAUGAGCACCAGAGCUCUGUCUGGGUAGUGCCUCUGAUUGGUUGUGAAACGUGGGAAAUUCGAAUCAACUAACCAGAAGCACUACCCAGACCUGAGCAUAAGUGACAUGUCAUCAGUAUGGAAUUUCUACGCUUGUUCCUGAAUCUUCAUUUUACAGGGAAAUCAGUGGUGGUGUCGUGAAAAAGAUGCGGCUGUUUUCUCAGGCCAAAAAAAGGAAAGAAAAAAAAGGGCUAAAAGAGACCCUGCCAGGGGGGGUCCCAUGUCACCUGUAUGAAUUUUAAAACGUCUUGUGUCGGUGUUUAUAAAUGCUUGUCGCUUAUUGUCGGCUUUGCCAUCACUGUCGCAAUGUGGCCGAGGGAGGUUGUCUCUUGUCGCGAUUUCAUUUUAUGUACUGCAGUUGCUACUUUUUGGGCCAUGUCGCUUGUCAGAAUUUACCCUGGCAGGGCCUCCUAAAUGUUGUAAAUAAUAUCAGUGAUGAUUUUGCAAUAGGUCAGUUUCAAGUUUUUAAAAUUCAUACUUGGCUUGGAAGCUCAGGGGAAUAAGACAAAAGAAAUUAGGUUACUAUUAUUUUGCAAUAUUCAGAGCACGAUGGGUAAGAAGAUCUGCUUAUCUGCCCAUUGAAAAAAAUUUGUGCGGAUACUCAAACUGGAGGAUUUGAAAGAAGAUAAUUUAAUCACAACAUUUUUUGAAAACAAAGGAUCCUCCAGCUUUUUGCAAACGGAUCAAUAUUAACACUUAAGUAUUUCAACAAUGCAUUAUUUAUUAUUAUUUAAACAAAACUUGUAAUUUAUUUGGAAUCCAAACUUCAUCCUUCAUAUUUAACACUUGCAAGGGGUAUGUUUUGGCCAACACAGAUAGGGUAUUUAUUGGGUAGAAAGGGGCAUUACUGUAAUGUCCCUUUUUCCUCAAUAAAUACCCUAUCUGUGUCGGCCAAAACAUACCCCUUACAAGUUGCAUGUUUCCCUGAUGUUGUGGUUAGUAUGUCAGUGUGAAAAUCUUAAUUUUUUUUAGCUGGCUGUACCGCAUCAGGCCAUCCGUCGUUCAUAAGCCUUUUGAGAAAAUACCUCAGGGAAAUUUAACUCACAGCUGGGAUGAGUGUGAUCCUAAUCCUAAUCAGGUCAGAUCUGGCAAUUUGCAAUUAACUGUAAAUUCAGCAGAGAUCCCAUGCUAUAGUGUGGGACUUUAUCAGGUUAGCAGUAGUAGGGUAGUCUGGAACAAGUAUAAGAUUUUCUUUCUGGGGUGGUAACUUUUAAAGAGUACUUUCCCAUUGGGCAAUGGUCCAACAGGUCAUCCUAUUAAAAAAUCAUUAACUUACAUGAGCAAGAAAUGGCCCCGGGCAAGCAUUAAUGUGUGACCUGCUUACGACAAGCUGGAAUUCAAGCUUUUUUGAGCCCUGGGAAUCAAAUACUGUAUGGCCUUUCUUUUGCAUUAAAAUUUACUAACUCUCAAGAAGCUGCGUUAUUAUGUAGUGUAAUUGCACUUAACGUAAUAAUUCUUUCAUUCUCAAGAAUUGCCCAGAAUCAACUAUCGUGGAAAAAUUUAAAUUUCAUUUUUGUAAAAGAAAAUUUAAACAUACAGCUAGAGAAAGAAAAACAACUUGAUGGUGUGAUGUAAAAUUCCAGUAAAAGAGGCUUCAUUUUAAAGGUUUCAUUGUACAGAUUUAGGUUAUUCAAACUUAAGAGCUACAUACACUCAACAUACAUCUCAUAGUUAAUUAAAAGGUGUCCAAUCAUGGAAUAAGGCUUUAUGCUUUUAAAAUAUGCCUCGCCAGUGAUCUACUGAUGUAAUAAAUGGAGAAUCUUAAAAGUGUGGUUUUCCACUGGCUGAGCCGGAAUGAAUGAAGCAGAAAAUGUUUUUCUCACACACGGCUGGGAGUAUGGGUUUAGGUGUUCUGGGGGUCUUCAGGUCAGAUGCUCUUUCAAGUUCAGUUGUUUUGUUUCCAUAUGCCAUCGCCUGACCUGCCCCGCCCACCCACCCUCCCUCCAUAUUGUUUUAGGAUUAAAGUAGUACAGUAGUUCUAGCAGGAUUGUUAUUGUAUCUAGUCUCAGUUUCUUGUUAGCCAUUUAUUAGCUCUUUUGUGCUGUAAUAUUAAUGAUUUCUGGUGUUGAUAUAAUAAUUUAAAAGUCAGAUUGGCAUGAAUUCCUGUUGUGUGUGAAAAUUCUCCUCUUGUUUAACAAGAGAAUGUAAGGCAUCCACAAGGGCAAUCCAGCAGUUUAUCAAUACUUACUUAAAGGGUGUUUUUCACAACCCCCCAAUAAUUAACUCUGAAGUGAAGUCUUUCGCAGUGUCUUGCAAAUAAUGUUGAUAGAACAGUUGUGUUUAAAUUACAUGUAUAUUUGGCUGAAAAGGUCAAACACAAGAAAUGGAGAAGUGUAGUGGCAGGAAAAAUGCAUGUUGAAGCAGUAAUUCUUGACUUAAAAUUUACCUCCUCUUUUAACAGAGUAUGAACAUGUGCUCAAUAUUUAACUUUGUAAAGGAAUAGUACAGUUUUAGGGACCAGCUCAGCUAAUAACAAAAACAAUACAUGUAUUGUGUUUUAUUCUAAACUUUAGAUGCGCUGGAAGCCUUUUGAAAUUCCUGCAAAUGGCAGUAAAAUUGACUUCACACAAGUAUGUAAAUAGUUUUUAAAGGUGCUCUUUGCGGUUUCCUAGUGCUUUUAACUCCUAAACUAUUACUGACAUGUAUUUUAGUAAUUAAGUCAUUAUUUCAUCAUAUUUCAAAAGUGGCGCAGUUUGAGAAUUCAAGGUGACUCUGUACUCCCUCUCACAAAUUAUUUUUGAAAACUCAACAGUAAAAAUUUCGAUCACAAUAAUGCCAUGAUUACUUGAAUGUCAAUUUAUUUUUCAUGCUCUUACUAGUUUCUAAACAGUAAUUAAAUAAACAGUAAAAAAACUGACAGUUCUCUCUCUCUCUCUCUCUUUUAAACUGAAAAGGUCAUGCACAAGUUAGCUUAAAUCAACAUGAUUAAUAUUUUUGCUAAUUUUUUUUAGGGUCUUCAUACGAUAUGUGGUGCUGGAGAUCCUCGUACUAGACAUGGAGUUGCUGUUCAUGUUUUUUGCUGUGAUAUUUCUAUGAAAGACAAGUAAGUAGUUUGACUGAAAUCCUUGAAUUAAAAACUAAAAACCAUUGAGUCUGUGGACAAAAUCCGGUGAUGUCAAAAUUCAAGUGAGUGCUUUCAUUUUCAACAGUGUAAUUACACAGUAGUAUUUAUUGUUUCAGUAUUGUACGAAAUGAAAUAAAGAAUUUUUCCUGAAUUUUGACUCUUGGUGCUCUUGGGAGUCAAGGAUUAAGCUAAAGUGGUGUGGGUUCCCUGUUGCACAUGAGCAUCUUUGUGGGCAAGAUAAUUAUAGAUUUUCUUUGUGUUGUCUUGUGAUUGAGUGACUGUCAUUGUGACUUUGAAUGCAACAGAUUUUACUUAAUAAACACCAUGUAAGUUAUUUGUGAGACACUUAGAGUACAAAAACAUUGAAUAUUAUAUAUUAAAGGGUGUUGUUGGAAUAUAAAGGUGUGAAAGUUUCUGCAUCCUUAUGUGCUGUGAAUAACAAGUGCAGGGUCUCUUUAGAUUUUCAUGAUUUAAUAAGAUAAUUUAAUUUUUUGUCCUAUUGAUUUUUCAAAGCAAGAGCGUCAAAAACAUAUCAAGUUUUUUCCCGUUAAAGCUAAUUGGGGAAUGGAGCACCUCGCUAGCCUGGAGGAAAGGGACAAGCAGCGUGCAAAGAAAGUACUUUAGUGUCCGAUAGCCCGGGGCUAUUGGAUUUUGCUAUCGGGCUAGUGAAUUCUGUUUUUAACUUGCCCGAUGGGCAAGUGAUAUUUUUUUAGGAAUUCGAAUAACAAAAGAACUGUAAUCAAUCCUGCUCAUCAAAUUUUCUUCGGGCUAGUUGAAAUGACUUUCGGGCUAGUACAUGUUAGCCACAGCUUGCCCGAAUGGCAAGCUGUAAAACUGACUUUCUUUGCACCCUGGACAAGGCUGGUGUGUUCUUAAACCGAGUACAUUGGCCCCUGCUGACAACUUAUUCUUUGCCUUUUAAUUUGGAAAAUAAGGAAAUCUUUGGUUUUUACAAAAUAAUUACUAGGCAGCCUAAAUAUGUCAGCCUUAUUGAAAUUUUCCAUAAAGCCUUUGACAAUGAGCUAUCCAUUGGUCAUGACAUCUUCACCUGCACAGUGAAUAACCAUAUACAGAUACUAAGAACAUAACUGCAGACUUUCUGUUGCUAUGGGCCAGUGGUAAUACUUAUUUAUACUCCUGCCAGUAUCUGUACCUUGCUCAGUAGUACCUUUAACUUGGGUGUCUUGAAAACAAAGACCCCCAAGACCCCUACAGCUCUAUUACCCCCUACCAUGUAACUCUGAAUUUCAUUGAUUAGGUUAGGAAACUGAGUGAAUUAGGUUCCAUUUAGGUCAUUAUACUUAGCAGACUGACCUGAAAGUUGAUCCACUCAGUCUUAUGGGGUCUUAGGGGUCUUUAUUUUCAAGAGACCCCCCUUGGUUUUGACUCUUCCACCUGGUGUGCCCCUUUCUCUUGUUUUUCCCAAUUUUGGAAGUUUGUUAACUAGCUGCAUUCACUUAAGAUUCUGAUUUCCUUUCAGGUGCAUGUAUAACUCUGAUGGUGAUUUUCUUAUAGGUGAGUAGAUGUUGGAUUAUUGUCAACUGUAUUAAUAAUGCUCAUCAAUAAUAAAAACAGUGACAUUUUAUAAAUACCAGUCGAGAGAGUACUUAUGUGAGAUCAAAGUUUUUCAUUAAAUAUACUACUAAUUAAGUCACUUCUAGGAUAAGCCCUUGAAAUCAUGUAGAGUUAAUAAAACUCCUUGUAAUUAUAAUUUUGACCUUUUUUUAUGUAUUUCAGUUCCCCAAAAGGGUUCUUUGGUGAUCACAACAGAGAUGGGCAAAAUGGAAGUAGAACCAAAUGAAAUUUGUGUGAUCCAGGUAAAACUGUACACUCAUAAGGUCCACCUUGCUUGAUUCACUAAACUUUACGUGUAGCUUUGAGGUCAUGAAAGGGUAGUAAAAGGAUUUCUUGAAUUUGUUUAUUGUUUAAUGAUGAACGUUCUUUCAUUGGGUUAUUCCAGAAAAAAUCCACACCCCCCCGACGGAUGGGGUCCUUUUUUAACCCCCCCUCUCACCUGGAUUUCCUGAAGCACAAGACCCCCCCUCCUAACUGGAUUUCCAAGGUGGAAGACCCCCCCUCCCGCCUGGAUUUCCGGGAAAAAGUAAAAGGCUUAAAUUUAAUUUAUUUUUAAUGGAAAAUACACGCAAACACGUCUAAAUGUUUUUGUUUUAAUUUCUAAAGCUUCAGCUUAUAUUAAACUAAGAAUUCUAUCGCGUGGAACUAAAAACAAAAGGAGCAAAAAACAAAAAUGCGAACGACACCUGAACGAGUGUUUACAUAAUUUCUUAGCUUAUAAAAAUCACUCUUCGCUCUUCGCGCGCGGGCUCUGGGUACAAGUAGAAAUGUGUCAGGCGUUUGACGCUCUUCGUGACAACAACGUUGCGACGAGUUCCUUCAGGCCCGUUCUUUAGUAUCUUUUUCGCGUUUUCUGCUAUAAAAGGACCUGUAAAGCAACUUAGAUUAUCAUUUAUGUCAGGUGAGAAAUAUAUGAACAAAACAUUUUGACUAUUUUCAGGGUCUGAAAGCGCUUAAGUGUCAUCGAACUAAACGUUUGAUUUGUAUCAACUAUCGGUCGAAAUGACCCCUGCAGAAGACUUUUUUAAGGUCAACCCCCCCUCCCGCCUGGAUUUCCGGAGUCUUCGACCCCCCCUCCCGCGAGAAUUUCCAGAAUCCCAUCCGUCGGGGGGGUGUGGAUUUUUUCUGGAACAACCCAUUAUAUAUACCUUUAAUAGAAUUUAACCCUUUUGAGGCCUUAGUAGUUGCAACAACUUUGCAGUGACUCUACAAUAACUGACAAUAAUUUAUUACAGUAACUAUAAUUAUUCCUUAAUCUUGGAAGACCAUAAUAUUUUCUAUUUGUCUAUGAGCACUCCUAGUUCUUAUUUUUUGUAGUAGUUACACCAGAAUUAGUGGUAUUAAUGGUAUUGAUAUGUUUUUUUUUUAAUUCCAUAAUUGAGUCUUCUUGAUUUUUGCAUUUUAGGAUACUGAUAAAAUAAUUUUUUGGUUCUCAGUUGCAAAAAUGAACUAAGUUGUUCUAUCAUUUUCAGCAAGGAAUAAAGUUUUCUGUGGAGAUAAGUGAACCUUCAAGAGGUUACAUUCUGGAGGUGUUUGAUGCACACUUUGUUUUGCCUCAUCGUGGACCAAUAGGUAUAAUUAAGAGAAAAUCACUUUCCCUAAGUUCACGGAAAGAAAUUUUAUGAAGGAAAAGUCAUGCAUGAACCAGUGCAGCCCACUUUGGUCCCACUGAUGACCAGUCCAAAACGCUUUGUGUAUGUAAAAUUGUGUCUAGAUCAAAAAUAAUGGAAUUAGCCAAGAGCAUCUUAGAGGAUACUUAACAUGCUUUGUCAUUAUGUACCUGUACCUGUAUAUUUACAUGUACCUGUACAGGGUUUGAGCCAGGCUGGGCGAUUGCGCCAAUCCUGCGCUACAAUUUAAAUUGUCCCUUAAAAAAACGGCCAAGGGGACAAUUUGUCCCCUUCAAAAUUUAGGGAAAAAACUCGAAAGGAAGCACACACAUAGAGAUUUAUUUCAGUACAGAAACUGGAAGCUAAAACAGAACAUGGAAAGUGUAUUUUAUCGCACGUUUAAAGUUCAUUCUAAAGUCACGUUUCAGUCAUGCUCUACUGAACACAUACAUCUCAACCAAGUGUGGUGAACGCGCCUGGCAAUCAUUAACAUGUCCCAUCGAAAAUGUGUUCGAACAUUAGAAAGCUUUUUCGCUCCAAAUGAAAGCCAGAGUGAAUCAGAGAAAAAUGAUACAGAAGAAGAACAGUGCAUUAAUCAGGAAGAAGCGGAUGAGGAUCAAAGGAAACCAAAAAAAUCACGAGAUCACAAGUGGUUGCGCUAUGAAAAGGAGGCGAUGUUCUGCUUUUUUUGUCAGAAAUUUAAGAAGACAAACCCCUUUGCAUCAGCAGAAGGGUGUACAAAUUUCUGUCCCCCUAAAAAUAAAAAUGUCCCCCAAAAUUUUAGCCAAGGGGACAAAUUGUCCCCCAGUGAUCAAAUCCUAGCUCAAACCCUGCCUGUAUCUAUGUUAUUUGCAUUCACACUCUGAACAGAGUUUAGUUUUGUUUAAUUUACAACUAUAGUAUUGCAUUAUUUUGUUGAAGUAUUUCACACUUACAAACACCAAAAAGUGCUUGUCUGCUUAUGAUUUAGAUCUAGAUUUUCAACUUUUAUUUAGGUGCUAAUGGACUGGCAAACCCCCGGGACUUCCUAACACCUGUAGCAUGGUUUGAAGACAGAGAUGUGUCCUCUGGUUUCACAGUUAUCAGCAAAUUCCAGGGAAAACUCUUCAAAGCCAUUCAGGUUUGAUUUAGAAGUACUACAGCUGUAUAGUUGCUAAACUUAGUUGUAAUACCAGUAAAAACCUUCCAAUAGACCAAUUUCAAUAUCUUAAAAUUUACACUUGGCUCUGACGCUUGGGAGAAUAAAACAAAAGGAAUCAUCUUAAGGCUCAGCAAUGAAUAAUACAUUUCUUUUGUUUUAUUCCCCCAAGCCUCAUAGCCAAGUACGUGUAUGAAUUUUAAUAUAUCGUAAUUGGUUUAUUAUAGUCCCUAGGGGAUGCAGAUAUAUAAUGGUUUAUAUCUGGAGCCAGGAGGUACUGCUUGACAGCAGGGUAUAGUUUUGUGUCUGUCGUGAAAAAUUAUAGGGCAUUGUUCAUCCAAAGUAGGGCCUUCUAAAAAUUUUAAAUAUGCACAUGAGCCAUGAGGCUCACAUGGCCAGAACUUAUCCUGGUUUUUGUGGCAAGAAGCACUUAGGACUACAAUAACUCCUCCCUGAAGAUAAUGCUAAUCCACUAUAUGGACGCUCCCAGCAGAAGGUUGGCAGUACCCAUUCAUUCACCUGGGUGAAUGAAAAAGUGGAGCAAAGUUACUUCUUGUCUAAGGAAAUGAUGUGACAGCAACGCUUGAACCAAGACCUACAGAUCCAAUCCUCUUAACCUCUUAAGCACCACACCUCCUAAUAAGAAUGCAUUAAUUCAAAAAGCCAAACAACACAUCUGUAACUUGUAUUGCUUCUGUUGAAAUGACGUUGCAUUAGUGUCGUAUUCCUCUCUCCUCCACCCAUUCUUCAUUUCUCUUAUUAUUGUUACUUAUCAAUUUAUAUUAUUAUUAUUAUUUUGUUCUUUAAUCAUUUAUGCAUGCUUCUUUUGCGUGUUGUUUUCUUUAGGGUCAUUCCCCUUUUGAUGUUGUGGCUUGGCAUGGUAACUAUGCUCCUUACAAGUACAACCUAAGCUGCUUUAAUGUCAUCAACACAGUUUCAUUUGACCACUGUGUGAGUAUAUACAUGUGGAUGGUAGCUGUUCUUGAUCUUAAGUUAAGAAGAUAUCUGACCAUGAAUCAUGCAUCCAUUGUCAUGGAAUUUUCCUCCAUACGGGGUCUAAUAUUUGUCAACCAGUAAAAGCAAUUUUUUUUUUCACGGGAUCUACCCCCAAUACCCUUUUAAAAACCAUUUUUCACGAAAAAGGUACCCCUUUCAUAUACCUUCUAUUGACAAAUGGUACCCCUUUCACAUACCUUGUUUAGAACUUUGCAUCCCUUUUAACUGCUGUAAAUGCACUGCCUUUUAAAUUGGAAUCAAUCACAAAAAUAGAACGUUUUCUCAACUCUAUAAAUCCAUAAAAUUCAUCCGUUCGGCCCUUUGGGUCCUUUCACAGACCCAAAAGACAUAAUUAUUUCCGUACCCUUUUAUAUACUUCAACAAGUAAAAUCCCUACUGUUUCAUAACUGAUAAAGAUACCCCUUUCGGGUGGAGCCUCCCCAUAUAAGCCAUCGUAGGGAGUAUUCCCCCCGGGAUACAGCUAUAUUUCCCCAUACACCCCACUGCACACCUGGGUAUAAUGAUUAUUAAUUUCUCAUGUUUUAAUCGCAAGCAUGGAUUGAAGAAAGUAUCUGAGUUGCCAGUGAUGGGAAACAAACAGGUCAUUUCUCAAACCAAAUCCUUUUAUUCUUUGUAGGACCCAUCAAUAUUCACUGUGUUGACUUGUCCCAGUUUAAAGCCUGGAGUUGCUAUAGCAGAUUUUGUUAUAUUUCCACCAAGAUGGAGUGUUGCUGAGAACACUUUCAGGCCACCUUACUAUCACAGUAAGUAACGUUUUGAAGGUUAUAAGUACAGUGAGAGUGACUUCUGCUGGACCUGACCAAAAUUACAAAUGGACGGACAUUUUUUGGUUAUGUAGUGUAGCAGGGUCAUCCUUUAACAGCAUCCUGUGGCUCCUGCACCUUACCUUUGCUCUUAGAUGACUAGGAAGUCGUUUUUCAUCAGAAAUACUUUGCUGGGCACCCUGGAUUUCACAGGUUUAGAGCACUGGGCUUCCUUUCAAUUUUUCUUAAAGCACAGCCUUGUGCAGUAUGGAUGUGGCUUGUUUCAUGUGCUUCCUAUGCAAAUCAACAAGUAUGCAUGCUUUAAAUGGGUAAUGUCUAUGACUAUUUUAAUAUCACAGGGAUCAGAUACAACUGUAGAUCUCAUCAAAGUUUGUGAAAGAAACUACUUUACUGGGGCAAACAGGAAUAGCAAAGAAAUUCACGUCUCAUCAAGGCUGUUGGUUGUUUGGCAUGUAUUUGAAUUUCAAGCAAUCUGGUGGGCAGGAUAUUUUUUCCCCUUUUUUUCCCAUAAGCUUUCUAUUACAUUUGUGCUGCAUGCAAUUUUUUUCUUCUGACAAGCACUUGCAGGAAAUUUUUUUCAAAAUCACCCACCCUUCCCCCCCCCUCAAGAGUUAAGUGGUCGGCCCCUUACAAAGAAUCUUGCAUCCCAUUCCCUGGAAUACAAGUGCAGGGGCAGUAGAAAAUGGAUCACUAAGAAUGAUACGAGGAGAUGCAAAGUGAAGGAAGCUGAUAAGAGCAAAAUACAAUGUAUGGUCCAAGCAAGAGUAGUGUCUCCCUCCUCACCUUAAAGAAAAAACUUUUUAAAUUGUAAUGAAAUAAGUAGGAGAAUGUUGAGGUACAGCGUAAAAAAAAAAUGUUUAAGAGAUUGAACUUAAAGCGCCAUGUCUCUCAACCUUUACUUUUAACUUCUGAACAGGAAACUGUAUGAGUGAAUUCAUGGGAUUGAUUUAUGGAAAAUACGAAGCCAAAGUUAGUACCUAGUAUUUAUUAUAUUCCAAUUAUUUAUCUGCAGUUUGAAGGGUUUUGUUUUCGUUUUUGCUUUUUGUUGAAGAGCGAGCCACACCCUGCCUAUGAUCUCAGUUAAAUUUUUCGCUUUAUUAAUUUUUGAGGGUGGUUUCAACUGGCUUACAUGUAAUUGGUCAAAUCAAGGUGAGAUUUCCUGAAGUUGAAUUUUUAGGGAGCACAUCAAAGUAUAAAAAAAGAACAAAAAGUCGGUGUUUACGUCCUCUACAAUAUGUCCCAUUGGAACGUUUCACGUUUUAGUCGAGCAGUGAGAAAUGUACAAAAAAAGCAUGAUGCACGUGCACAGUUGUUCUUUUAGUGAUCAAACCUAUUGCUUCUUUGACGUUCCCGUUGCCAUCGGCGUUGUGGUUGCUUAAACUCCCUGGUAUUCGUCAGAGACCAUAAUAUUUACGGUUUUUUUUCUUGUCAUGUUAGGAGGAAGGAUUUGCCCCAGGGGGUGGUAGUCUGCAUAGCAUGAUGACUCCUCAUGGACCGGAUAAGGAUUGUUUUGAGAAGGCGUCAAAUGCACAGCUGAGACCCCAGCGAGUAGCAGAUGGAACUAUGGUAUGUAUAACAUGAACAGUGCAUAAUUAAUUCAAACCCUAGCCUGGCGUUUUUAACAUUACCAAGUGGACCAGAGUAAAGAAAUUGUAUGUUGGCCAUGACGGCAUUCAUGAUCAUUGUUUAGUGGUUACUUGAGUAUAUUGCAACCGGUUUAAAAUCAAUAAAUGUAUUGUCAAAUGGCCGGGACAGCUGUUGACUCAAAGUGUUCUGUUGUGACAGUUUCAAUGGAUAUAUACUCUGCUUUGGUUCUUUUUUGCCCUUGCUUUAAAUUUUAUUUUCCUAUGUACAUCACAAAAAGAUUAUCAGACAUUACCAUACCCACAAAAACAAAGGAAAGUUAAACUUAAACCAGGAAUAAAACUGAAUCUCAACAUAUACCUGAAAGGACUUAAAAGUUACCUACUUGUUCUGCACAACUGUUCCUCAUUCAUUCUUUAUUAUUAAAAAAACUAUUUGUCUCCCUAGUAACCGUAAAGAAAACCAAAAGUGUAGCCUUUGUUUUUUCUUCUUUCUCUCCUUCACUUUUCCUUUCGAUUUUCUGCUUUGGCGUGAUUUUCAGGUUUGUCGAAACCAAUAGAAAUCGCAUAUUGGCCUUAUUCUAGUCAAAUGGAUACUUCAGCUUAGGCUCGUAGGAUGAGAUCUGGCUAUGUGGAACUCCAUGGCUUACCUUGAUCUUUUCCACAUCUAUCAUCAUUUCUUAAGCUAUGUUCAGACUAUACUGGGAAGCUUUUCGUGACAAAGCUAUUCGGUAUUGUAUGAAUACCUAUCCGAUAAGAAAAGUAUGUGACUCUCCCCUUUAGAGAUCAGCGCCGCGCAGCUUCGCUUCGUUACAGAAAUCGCGCCGAAAUCACUGUUCUUAUGUGUGAAUAGAAAAGAAGCCUUGUCAGGUAUGGUUUUCGCGCCGGCGCAAAAACUAUCUGGUAUAGCGGAAAUAUAGCCUUAGCUGGUUUGGGAAUACUCUGCUACACAGCCGUUUUUAGAGUCGUCACGCAAUGAGGAGCGUUGCGUGACGACACUAAAAACGGCUGUGUAGCAGACUAGUUUGGGAAUUGCUCUAUUCAUUUUUUUUCGUUGUAGGCGUUCAUGUUUGAAAGCAGUCUCAGUAUGGCCAUCACAAAAUGGGGAAAUGAAACAUGUCUGAAAGUGGAUCAUGAUUACUACAAAGUAUGGGAGCCGUUAGAGAAACACUUCAAUCCAAACUGGAAACCAGAUGAGGAAAAGAAAGCAAGCUAGCGUUGAGAACUUAAAAAAGAUAGGGUUCAGGGAGGAAGGAAGGAGAAAGAACAAUGUUUGGCGGCCUGAGUGCAGAUUUUGUGGUUAAAAUUCGUUCUCAGGUUAAUCAUUUGUCUUCUGUGAAUAACUAGGGCUAAGAAACAAAGGAAAUUCUGAAUCAAACUUAGCUUCCUUAGUAACCGUUCUUUGUGCUUAGGCUGCUUGGUGAAAGUUUGGUUUUUUUUUGCCCCAGAGCGCAUUUUACCUACAAUGCAGACACCUCCUAUUCCUUUACACGGAAUAAGAAAGUUGGGAAAUUAAAGCCGUUGCUAGGGGUCCACAAGAACUCUCACGGCUUAUUCUUAAGCUUAUCAGUUUUUGGACGUCUUCGAUUACUUUCCCCGUAGAAAUAAGAAAUUCUGCUCUGUAUGUCAGUUGCGCCUCUCUUGUAUGACAUAAGAAAAAGUGAAAGAAAAAGUAACAGCAACAAAACUAAAACAAAAACAAACGAUUCCACAGGUCAUCCAAAACCACUAAAAGUCCAAUGUUUGCGACCUUAUUUUUGGUGAUCCUGUGGUACUCUAAACUCGCGUCGAACAUAUUCUCAUCAGUAAAGAGUCUUGACUCGAAUAAAUAGCAGGUGAAAGUCCCUGGUUAUGGCCUGCUGUCACUACAAAUGCUGUUCUCGUGGAAAGCAUGCAGUGCGCCUGGCGCCGACCACGACUGGCGCUUUAAGUAUAUUCUACGUUGCAGGCCCUUGGAAAGGUGCAAGAAAGAACGAGGCGCGCGAGGGAGACACUCUCCUCUCGUGUGUCUUUGUCGCGCGCCCCGUCUUUUCUCGCUUAUUACUUCCAAGCGCCUGCUAUGUAGCAUAAAGUUAGUGGGGGCCGGGCGAUAUACUCGGAACUAGGAGAUGUCUGCAUGCGGGCUGACACUUAAAUUAGAAUUCUUACACGGUUUAAUGCCUCUUAGGACAAAUCAGGACACAUAAAUAUCUUUAUAUGGAGAAUAAAAAAACAGAUAUUUUUAAACUAAAAUGUUGAUUGGUUCGAAGUGCAGCUUAUAAUCGAAAUCUGUUGG